AUGAGCUCGUCGGGCAAGAAAUCACCCAUCAGGACCACGCAGACUUCAACAUGGACAUUGAGAGCAACCCUGAGACUUGCGACAUUAUUUGCUGCCUGUGUUUCUCUUUUACUGGGUGUGGUUUUGCAUAUCAAUGACUUGCCAGAUGGUUUGCGUCUCUACAGAUGGAAGACAAGCAAUUGGGAAUAUCGCCGGGAGAGAGUUAAGGACGCAUUCGUGAACAGCUGGGAUGCCUAUACAAAAUACGCCUGGGACUCGACGUGUGGACUAACAAAAACUAAACAUUCCCCAUCCCGCGCUUCCUCAGGCCAGGAUGAAUUCCACCCAAUCUCGAAAACAGGCACCCAAAUGAGCCCGGAGGGCCUGGGCUGGAUUAUUGUUGACAGCCUAGACACAAUGAUGAUCAUGAACCUAACCACUCAACUGGGAGCCGCCCGCAAAUGGCUCCAACGUAAACUUACAUAUGAUCAAGACCAAGACGUCAACACGUUUGAGACGACGAUUCGCAUGCUCGGCGGCUUUCUCUCUGCACAUUACCUUUCAGGCCAACUCCCAGGUGCCGCCUCUCGACGAGACUUCGUAUAUUUGUCAAAGGCGGUUGACCUGGCAGAUCGACUUCUCGGUGCAUAUGAAUCCCCAUCGGGGAUCCCGUAUGCAAGUAUCCACCUGCGGACAAAACAAGGAAUCGUUUCGCAUGCUGACGGCGGAGCUUCUUCGAUGGCGGAAGCAGCAAGUCUCCAACUGGAAAUGAAAUAUCUCGCCAACCUUACUGGCAAUGAAAUAUACUGGCGCAAAGCGGAGAAAGUAAUGCAAACCCUUGACGACAACGUCAUGGAAGAUGGCCUCCUCCCCAUUUUUGUAGACCCACAAAGCGGUCGCUUUACAACUAAUGAAAUUCGCCUCGGGAGUCGCGGUGAUUCAUACUACGAAUAUCUCUUAAAACAGUAUCUGCAGACCUCUGAACCAAUCUAUCUUGAAAUGUGGUCUGAAGCCUUAUCCGGAAUCCAAAAGCACAUGAUCACCACGACGAAAUAUUCAAACAUGCAUUUUGUCUCCGAAUUGCCCUCUGGAAUUGGCGGUAAACUAUCCCCCAAGAUGGAUCACCUCGUCUGCUUCUUGCCAGGAACAAUUGCAUCAGGUGUAACUGGCGGGCUCACAGUAGCAGAAGCGAAAAAGAGCCACGGUUGGAGCGACGAGAAAGAGAAGCAGAUGAACCUUGCCAAAGAGCUUAUCAAGACAUGCUGGGGCAUGUACAAAGUCACGAAGACAGGGUUGGCUCCCGAAAUCACCUGGUUCGAUGCGGACGAUGCGGACCUCAAGCCUGUUCCGGGAAAGAGUCGCCUUCCUCGCAGCAGAGAUUCCAUUUCCGGCUGGAAACAAGAUUACAUUGUCAUGCCGCUUGAUGCGCAUAACCGACAGCGUCCGGAAACGAUAGAAAGCCUGUUUAUGAUGUGGCGGAUAACUGAGGACCCCAUGUAUCGGGAAUGGGGUUGGGAGAUAUUCGAGGCGUUUGAGAAAUAUACCAUUCCUUCCCAUGGGGAAGGGUAUGUAUCUCUUGGCGACGUAAAUAGUAUCCCACCUGCGACCAGGGAUAACAUGGAGAGCUUUUGGCUGGUAGGUUCAACAGUUAUCUACCAGCAGCAGCAGCAGCAGCAGCAGCAGCACCCUUAA